AGCGGGGAGGCGGGGGUAAUGGGAGGAGGGAAUGUGGUGAUUCUCGGAGGCGGCGUCGUAGGAGGUGGAGUCAUGGGAGUCAACACUCCCGAAGUGGUAGUAGGCGCAGGGGCAGGAGGAGGAGGAGGAGGAGGAGGAGCCCUAGGAGGACCAGGCGUAGGAGGACUAGGAGGACCAGGCGUAGGAGGACUAGGAGGCCCAGGAGUCCUUGGAGGAAUAGGAGGCCUGAUUGGGGGCGUGCCGUGCAGCAUAGAAGGAGGUUCCUUUGGCUCCUGCAAUGGCGACGUCCUGACCGCCAACUCCAGGGACUCGCUGCUGGGACACCGCGCGAAGCAGGGGGAUAUGAUGGAGUCAUUCCGGGGAGAGGACACGACCCUCCCUAUUCUCGGUAUUCAGAAGCUCAGUGAAAACCCCGGUCGACACGUGGUCUUAGAAGACUACUUUCCCUCGAGAUCCGCUGCGACGCCUCUCUUCUCCCCAGGCAUGCGGCCGCUGGGCUCCGCGCUCAGCACCUCGUGUUCCAGCUUCAGGGGCGGCGUCCCUUCAGGAGCUCUCGGCACGGUGGGCGGCCUCGCGAGCCUGACGGGGACGACCGGCCUGAUCGAGACGCCGUCGACGUCCGCCUCCCACCUCCUGCAGGUCACCCUCAUCCCGGAGGAGGCGGGGAAGGACCGGAGUCCCUCGCGCGUUCCUCGGGUUUCGGAGGGCGUGAGCGUUUUGAAAUCACUUAGGAGAAAUCAUCCCUCGUACCCAAUAUGUCAGACACAUCUUCAAGACCUGCACAGGGAUCCGAAUAGAUGUUUCCUCGGGACCUUCAUAGCUCACCGUCGUGGCAGCGCUAGACUCUUUGAGAGCGUCACGAUUAUUGAUUAUAGACCUUUUUCACAAGUAAGAAUAUCAGGACCCAAGUAA